AUGCCUGCUCAGCUAAGUGGACUUGGUAAUGCCGAUGUCCGAAAGAAAUGGUACUUUUACAACCUUUUCGACAAGCCAAUAGAUCGUGAACCAUUCAGCAACAUCGUCACUUGCUACAUCUCCCGCCCGCAUCAGAAGACGAUCGCGAUUUGGAUCAUGUUCAUUACUGGCUUGAUCACAGUUUUCAUCGGACUAAUUGAGUUUUUCCAGCAAGUGCCGAAGAUCGGCGCCGCCUGGAGUGCGAGACACGACGAUAUCACGAAAAAGUACAAAGUUGAACAAAUGAGCUCUGAGCAGAUUCGACUGAUUUCUAUGUAA